GGUGGGAAAUGAAUUUGCGUUGGUCAAAACCCCUUUUUAUUUUUGAUAAAACUAAAUAACAAAUCAACGUAUUUAUAAUAUAAUUAGCAAGCAGAAAGCAUUCAAAACAUGGCAACUGAAAAUAUCAGCGCCAGUCUCUCUGAUGAUGAAAAACAGCAGCUUGCAGGUUUUGAUAGCCAGCUGUUCGGGUUUUUAAAGUUGGACAUUGCACAAGAUGCUCCGAAAAAAAUAGUUUUGGAAAAGGGUGUGAAGUACUAUGAGCAGCUGUUAAAGGAGCAUGCUAAAGAGACGGGGGAAGACGAUGACGUCAAAGGGAAGCAACUAGACCCCGCCGUCUACUGCCAUCUCGGACACCUGCACCUGCUGCUGGAAGAUUAUCCAAAAGCUCUGUCAGCCUAUCAGAAGUUCUACAACCUGCAGCAUGACUCGUGGAAGAAUUCGCCGUUCCUCUAUGGACUUGGCCUGGUCUAUUUCCACUACAACGCCUACAACUGGGCGGUGAAGGCAUUUCAGCAGGUUCUGUACAUUGACCCAGGCUUCAAACGGUCCAAUGAAGUCCACAUUCGGCUAGGAUUAAUGUUCAAGGUCAUCAAGAACUAUGAAGCAAGUUUGAAGCAUUUCCAGUUGGCCCAGUCGGACUCGAACAAGUGCUCGCAAACAAAAGCAGAAAUAAAGCUGCACAUUGCGCACCUGCUGGAAGUACAAGGGCGGUACAAGCAGGCCCAGGAGGCGUACGAAGAGUUUGGAGAAGUCGAGGACUCGCAGGCUACAGUCAAGGCCACAGCCUUCAGGCAGCUCGGCUGGUUAUACCACACAACAAAUCAGCUAGGAGACAAGCAAAUACGGGAAGCACGGGCAGUCCAGUUUCUACAAAAGUCUUUGGAACUUGAUGCCAGUAAUGGACAAACCUGGUACCUUCUUGGCAGAUGUUACUCGAGCCUAGGAAAAGUGCACGAUGCUUUCUUGUCGUAUCGUCAGUCGAUUGACAAGUCGGAGGCUAAUGCUGAUACUUGGUGCUCGAUAGGAGUACUUUAUCAGCAGCAGUCCCAGCCGAUGGAUGCUCUGCAGGCCUACAUAUGUGCAGUUCAGUUGGACAAAUCACACUCUGCGGCCUGGACGGACCUUGGCAUCCUCUACGAGACUUGCAACCAGCCUAGCGACGCGCUUACCUGCUACCUUAAUGCUACUAGAAAUAAAGCUCAUAUCAAUUCCAGUCUAGCUUCCAAGAUAAAAUUUUUGCAGCAGAAUUUAAGCAACAUACCCAUGCAACACUUCCAAAACAAACCCCGCACCCUGCCUAGCAUCGAGGAAGCCUGGCGACUACCCAUCCCUGCCGAACUCACGUCAAGACAGAACUCUGGGGUCGGCCCACAGUUUCAUACCUCGGAUCGGCCUCACGAUGUGCCGGCAUCACAAAACGUAGCCGCUGGCCCUCCGUCGCAGACGGGUCUCACACCAAGCUUUGGACCAGACGUUGACAGCAUGGAUGAAGAUAAGAAGAAGAAAUUGAAAGGCAGAAAACGGGCAUCGACAGAAGGCCCUGUUAUGCUUACCCCCCCACCCCAACCGGUGCCUCAGCAGCCGGCUCCACAGUUUCUCACACAGGACCAACUGAUUCUACUUCAGCUUCUCAGACAAAAUCAGGCUAACCUGAAUCCCCAACAACAGCAGCUUUUCAAGCAGCUUCAGCAACAGUAUUACCUCCAACAGCAACACCUCAAGAUGCAGCAGCAGCAGCAACAUCAACAGGGAUCUCACGUCCCACCAAUGGGAUUGCAGCAGCCUGGUCACAUGGCCCGACCUCUGCAUGGCAUUCCGCCAUCGCCACUUCAUUCACCAGUAGGUGGAGCUGCAGUGCCAGGUGGAACGAAUGCUUCUGGGUUGCCCGGGUUACAUGGAGGUCAACUGCCCAGCAUGGGUCAGCCGGACCAGGGUAUGAAGAGCGUGGGCGAGCGAUUCGGUGUGCCGGGCGCAGUGCCUUUAUCCCCGGCCAGCCACCCUCCGCCCGCCAACAUUCCAGGGAACUCCUCUCAGUCAUCUCAGGGUUACGGCAUUGGCCGGGCAUUGCCACCACCGCCAUCUUCGCACCCCCCACUGUCUGGCGUGGGGGGUGUCACUGCGCUCCCGCCGAUGCUGGGGCAGGGCAUGUGCUCGCGUCUGUCGCCCUCCAUCUCGGACUCGGUGUUGCCGCGGGACCUGCACGGUCUUGGGGGCAGUGGUGGCGGUGUUGCCACAGUUACCGACUCUGACCUCUCGGCGCUGUUUUCGCACCAGGACAUGGCUACCUCGAUCGCGGAGGACCUCCUCGCUCAAUUCAGCAAUGAGCCGGGCGCUGGCAAGAAGACAACGGCCACGUCUGUCGGUCGAACCUCACAGCAGACAUCGCCAAACUCAUCUGCUGGCACCGUCGUAUCGACUUCUGGUUUGUUGCCUAGCAACAGUACGUCUGGUGCCAAUAACGUCAUGACAACGGCGACAUCAACUUUUUCGUCAUCGUCUUCUUCUGCUGGUAAUGCAACCUCUCCCAACAGUGCUUUAUGCGUACAUUCCAAGGUGGCUCAAUCUAACGCUCAGGCCGAUGGUUCGAAAUCACAGGACUCUGUGGUGAAGAGUGAAAGUGAAAGUGGCGGGAUAAAGGAGUACGUGUGCCUCCUGAAGACGGAGAAGUCGGAGCCCGUCCAGCAGCAGCAGGAAGUGAAGCAAGUCCCGCAGCUGUCAAUCACCAUGUCAGGCGUGGACAUCAUAGCUGCUUGUAAAGGAAGAGGUCGAAGCGGUGUUUUCUGUGAUCUGCUUCCAGUGCCACGCCCUCCACACCCUCCAUAUCCCCCGCUUCCAAAAGAGAGCUUGAACCCACCGACUCCGAGUGUAUACCUGGAGAGCAAGAGAGAUGCGUUUUCUCCCGAGUUGAUGCAGUACUGCCACUCGCAGCCUGUCGUCGUCAUCCGAGGGUUAGCCGGGGCACUCAAGUUAGAUCUGGGUCUGUUUUCAACAAAAACGUUGGUAGAAGCAAACCCCGACCACCCAGUGGAAGUUAGAACGCAGAAGCAGCAGUCCCCGGAUGAGAACGUGGACGCGUGGGGCAACAAGGUGUGGCACUGUGACAGUAGCCGCAGCCACACGAGUGUCGCCAAGUACGCGCAGUACCAGGCAGCUUCCUUCCAGGAGUCGCUGCGGGAGGAACAUGAAAAAGCCAAAGGUCAUCAUCAUCCCAAAGAUUCUGACAGCGACUCGAACUCAUCUUCCUCGUCUAAAGUUAAGAAGCUAAAGACGAUAAAGUUUGGCACGAACCUGGAUCUGUCCGACGAGCGUCGCUGGAAGCCGCAGCUGGAGGAGUUGACAAAGCUGCCUGCGUUCCUGCGCCUCGUGUCGGCCUGCAACAUGCUGAGUCACGUCGGCCACACCAUCCUCGGCAUGAACACCGUCCAGCUCUACAUGAAGGUGCCGGGCUCACGCACGCCAGGACAUCAAGAGAACAACAACUACUGCUCUGUCAACAUCAACAUCGGCCCCGGUGACUGCGAGUGGUUCGCCGUGCCCGACCAAUACUGGGGCGUCAUACACAACCUCUGUGAGAAAAACAGCGUGAACUACCUGCGCGGUUCGUGGUGGCCGGUGCUGGAAGACCUGUACGAGGAGGACGUCCCCGUUUACCGAUUCAUCCAGAAACCCGGCGACGUUGUCUGGAUCGGCAUCGGCUGUGUGCACUGGGUCCAGGCCAUCGGUUGGUGUAACAACAUAGCGUGGAACGUCGGCCCGAUGACGUUCAAGCAGUUCCAGUUGGCGUCUGACCGCUACGAGUGGAACAAACUCCAGAGUUACAAGUCGAUUGUGCCGCUCAAGCAUCUCUCCUGGAACCUGGCGCGCAAUCUUAGUAUUCCAGAGCCAAAGCUGUUUGAGGCGCUCAAGUUUUUCUUGAUGCGAUGUAUUCACAAUCUUCAAAUGACGAUGGACUUCCUGGAGGAAUUGUCGAUUGAAAUGAAGUGGCACGGCCGAGGAAGAGACGAACCCGCCCACUAUUGUGAUGACUGUGAGGUUGAAGUGUUCAACAUUCUGUUUGUGAUGGAGCGGGAAAAGAAGUUCAUUGUGCACUGUCAGGACUGUGCGUUGAAGAUGAGCCCGAGUCUGGCGGGGAUCAUCGUCCUGCAGCAGUACACUAUGGAGGACCUGCUCGAACUCUACGACAAACUCCAGCUCCACUCGCCACAUCCAGCACCCAUCACUAUGGGAUAAGCCAUGUGGUUAGCUCUUCACAAUACUGACAGUUCGUGUCAUGUUAUAUAUCACAGUGGAAGACGUUUGCAUUUGCUGUUCGUGGCUUUUCGUCAACUGAGUAAUGUGUCAUCUGAGUAAUGUGGCGUAAUGGCAGGCCAGUGUUGCUUGCCGUAAUAAUAUCUCGAACCUUGUGGGCGUGGUGUGAAAAUGGACAUUGUUUCAUUGGUCGUUGUCCAUGACAAUCGACGUUUCAUUGGUGGUCGUCUGACGACCCACAUUAAAUCUGAAUGUUGAUCUCAUUUCAUGUUCCUUGGCGUAUGUUACGUGUAGAAAGAAACAAAAUGAUGUUGUUGUGCUUGUUGUGUCUGACGUUCGUCUGUGAAUGGUGGAAAAUGUAUUACCUGCUCAUAGAAACAGCAGGUUACAGGAAGACUUUGAAGACAAGUUAAAAAUUGUACAGACUGGUCGGUUGUUUGCUGUUCACACAGGAGAUUAGUAAGACCUUCUGGAGUAAAUGUAUAUAUAUGACAGACAGAUGAUUUGUACAGGUAAACGUACCAGUUUAUUUGCAGUUCAAACAGGAAAUUAGUAAGACCUGCUAGAGUAUAUGUAGUAAUGACAGACAGAUGUUUUGUACAGGUUUACAAGUUUAUUUGCUGUUCAGACAGGAAAUUAGUAAGACCUGGGGCUUAAUUCACUAAACUCUCGCAACUGCCAUUUCGCAAUUAAAUGCAAAAUAACUUGCAAACACGAUGUAAUGUUGCUCAAGCAAGCCUAAGCGGCUUUGUGAAUUAGGCCCCCGUUCUGCAGUUAAAGAUGAGCUGACAUUAGAGCAAGAACUGAAUGCAUGUGUUAUGGGUUGCAGUUGAAACAGGAUUCAUUGAGCAGGACUAGCUGUAACAUCGACUAAUCUGCCAAUUGCUCAUUUUAAAAACAAUCGGCAACUUUUAUUUUGAUAUGGUGAAAUAAUUUCUUGUAAUGAUAGAUAUGUUAUUGGGGAAAAACAUUUUUGUUUUGUUUUUUUACUUAAAUAAUUUGUCUCUAGGUGAGGUCUGCUGUAAAAACUUCAGUUUAGCUCUGAUGUUGAUAUAAAGAUUUAAGAGUUAUCAAGAAGCUUGCUGAACAAGCAGUAAGUUGGUAUUAAAGACAUGUUUUAGAAAGUGCAGUUUAUCACAGACAGUCACAUCAUAACGAACUGUACAAGUUUUAGGAUAAAUUGCUGCUAAAAUCCGAAGUUGGCAAGUUGAUGCAGUGGAAUAGACAGGAUGCCGGAUUUUGCAAGAAAGAAAGAAUCGUUUACAACAAUAGGUGGACCAAAAACAAAUUCUAUAACACAUUUCCAAACUACUUUCUUGUUAAUUAAUGGUUUCAAAACAAGAAAAAUGUUUAUAUUUAAAACAUUUAGAUAAAUGGAAGUCUGCUCCAUGAUUUUUGCCUAGUAACCAAUUGUUUGGUUAAUUGAAUUAUAUUUGUGUAUCCAGUGAAUUGCUGAAUCAGUUACCUCCAUCUUGAAUUGAGCAAAGGUUCAUUAUGUAACCAAAUGGUGGUUUGCAUGAAUUUAAUGUUGUGCAACCAACACCUGACAAGAAUAACUGUUGAGGUGAAAUUGAAAUUUAUUUGAUGUAAAAGAAUGUCAAUACGAAUGACAGAUCACAGUAAAGACCAAACAAAAUGCUUUUUAUAUAUCUGAAUUUUUUUUAUUUGUACUGUUAGUACUUAUAUGGAGAUUUACGUUUACAUGCAAAAUUAGUCUGACGGCUUUUUGUAAAACUAGUCCCUGAUUAGUCGACCCGCCUCAUUCAAGAAGGUCAUCACGAGAAAUGGUGUUAUGGAAAUGUUAUUGGGUUUGUUUUUUUGGGUCCACCUGUAAUAUCUAUGCAAUUACACUGCCAUAUCCUUCAUUCAUUUUGAAAGCAUCUAAUUUAUUUGAUGGCUGGUUAUAGAGAACUGUCUGACAAAUUGAGAUGUCCCAAAACAAUGAGCCGACUUUACAAAGCCUGUUUAUCUUAAACGGAGGUGUUCAGUCAUUGUAAAUGUUACGACAGUUAACACGUUCGUACGUGUAAGAGAAACACAGGCUUGUAACUUCGACUACACUUGUUUUAAGUAUCUGAACGUAUACAAAUAUCGGGGCACACAAGUUUUCAAAACCAUACCAAUGCUCCGUGAUACAUACAUAAAUGUACAUCAAAAGAUGUGGUAUGUGCUGUCUUGUUUUGAAACGGGAGCCUUGUGGUGAAGAGCCAAUGCCCAGAUUUUCAAAGCUAACUUAGCACAGAGAACAUUUUAUUUUCAAAAUCUUGAUUAGCGAUAUUUCUGGUCAGUUAAAAAUUGGUUAGAAACUAUUGUUUAAUGUUUUAAAAUUGUGUAACGAUCUCUGAUACUUGCGUAGCGAAUUGCGGAGUGAUACUGAACAAAAUGUUCCCUGUAGUUUUACAAUAUCGUAAAACAGUCUUGGACUAUGGCAUCUGUUGUAGUGAUGUCCAUAGCUUACCGCAGUUUUAUGAUGUCGUAGCGCUAAGAUAGCUCCGAAAAUCUGUUAGCAGGAUAUCUCAUCAGCUGAGAAUUUUUGUAUUCUCUGUUCUCUCACACAUUUUAAUUUGUCAACAGUUGGUCGACUGACUGGCAGGUUGCUCCUAUCAUAAUUUCAGCUAAUGGGCGGCAGCGAUAUUUAUUGAUGUGAUACAUUUAUAUUCUAUUUUUUGCAGAAUUUAUCCAUAAUAGAGCAUAGAAGAAAAAGAAUUAUACCAUCUCAGGGUUUUCAUGUACUUGUUGAAGUCCAACCGCGUUACCUAGAGCGGUUUAGUUAGAACAUUGAUGACACACCAUGUAUUCAAACUACUAAUAGCCUAGUCAGACUGAGUGACUGAAAAUACACCUGUAAAUGAGAUUCGGUGUAGUGCGGUAACGAUAAGGAAGAUGCGAAUAUUUGUUGGAUUUAGUCGUAUUUAAUGUUACUUAGUGUUAGUCCCCUUGUGCAUCUUAAAACAGACUUGGGGAGAAUUUGUUUGCUCAGACAGAUUUAACAUUUUCAUUGACAGGUGUACAAUAGAACAUUUAGAAAAUAGAAAAAAAUGAACAAAGGAACAAGACUUUUUCGACACUACAUAAUAGGCAGAUAAACAGUUAAUUAUUUUUCUUGUAUAAUAUGUUCACACAACAACAAAUGUAUUAACAUUUACUCAUGAAAAAGUCUGAUCUGCAAAAUAUGUCAAGUCAACUCACCAAAGGCGACCAUGACACUUAGUUUAGAUUUGUGUACGAUGUGAAAGAAAACCUGUGUUUAUCAUAAAUUAUUGAAAAAG